AUGCACAAACACCCAGAAGCACUCUCCGACCCCGACAUCUUCUCAGACAUCCCCGUGGGAGAAGAGAGGAAGGCUAUCGACGCGGCUGAGGGGAAACCGCAUUCACCGUAUGCUGGAUUCGCUGCUGGUAUUCUGUCGGGAUGGACAAAGCUCGUUGUCGGUCAGCCGCCUGAUACGAUAAAAACGCGACUGCAAUGUACACCUCCAGGCUACUACAAAGGCGCUUGGGACUGCUUUACCAAAACAGUCAGCAAAGAAGGACCGAGAGCUCUUUACAAGGGAGCUAGUAUACCAGCAAUGACAUGGCCCAUAACCGACGCGCUUCUGAUGGGGAGCGUGCACAACUAUCGAGCUUUCCUUUUGGGUCAUGGUUUUGAGGAACGUAUACCGGGAACAGACAAAGAACGGUUAUCCAUCCUCGGCCACACCGUCGCUGGUCUCUUCGCCGGCUGGACAAACUCCGUAGUCUGCCACCCCUCCGAAAUAGUCAAAUGCAAACUCCAACUCCAACUCGCCCGUCCCGCGCACAUCCCCAAACUCUAUUCCGGCCCCCUGGACGUCAUCCGACAGACAGUACAGGAGCAAGGUGUCUUUUUUGGGAUGUGGAGGGGGUGGGGGGCAAGUUUGAUGUUUAGGAGUUAUCAUGCGGCCAUGUUUGGAAGUUUUGAGAUUCUGAAUAGGAUGUUCAAAUCGUGGGAUGGCACGAGCUGGGAGAUCCCCACGGAGCUCGCCAAUUUCCUGGCGGGUGGUCUUGCGUCGAACGUCUACUGGAUAGCCGCUCUACCAACGGACAAUGUCAAGAACCGUAUCAUGGCCGACGACAUCAAAAACCCAAAAUACAAAGGCGUAUUCGACGCAUACAAAAAAGUCUGGAUGGAGACGUACGAUCCUUCAAAGGGUGCCAGUUGGAAUGCCGCUGCGAGAUGGCGGACUCUCUUCCGUGGCUUUGUACCGGUGGUAGUCAGAGCGUUCCCGACGAAUGCUGCUGCUCUUAUGGUUUGGGAGGGGGUCAUGCGGUAUUCGGGAGCCAAGUAG